CUCUCUCUCUCUUUCUCUCUCUCUCUCUCUCUCUCUCUCUCUAAAACACGCUUUUAUCUUGAACGUUUCAGUCUUUUCAUUUUUUUUUUUACUGUUGAAUGCUUUCGGUCAUUCAAUCUUUAAAACCCCCUGUUUCUUCUCUCAGAAAAACCCGAAGGCAACAAUGGAGGACACAACGGUAGCCGAUCCUCCAAACGGCGACGUCUCUGACUUCGACUCCCUCCCAAUCCCACCGCUCGAUCCAGCCUUCUUCUCCCAAAACCUCUAUCAUGAUCAGAACAAUCCCAACAACUUCCUCUCAUUCGACGAAAACGACGUCGUUGACGGCUUUGACUUCGACUUUAGCUUUGAUGAUCUCUACCUCCCCUCCGAUACCAAUGGCUUCCUCAAUCCCGGUUCAAUCGACCCGCCCGGUUUAGAUCCCAUCAAAAUUGACUCGGAAUUUGACUACGGCUCGUGUGAUCAUCGCGUUUCUGAGCGGGAGUUGCGUCGUAUAUCCGGAGAUCAUAAUUCAGGUGUAACUAAGCUUUCGAAUUCAAGCUCGCCGGAAUUGCGUCAGAUUUCUAGUGAUCAGAGCUAUAAUGCUGCUGGGGAUUCGAACGAAAACUUGUCGGAAUCGCGAGAUCGGGGCUCCAGGGUUUUGAAUUCGGCAUCGCCGGAAUUGCGUUUGACUUCCGACGACCACAGCUUGGAUGUUUCCGGCUAUUUGAACCCUCCAUUGUCAGAUUCUGGAGAAUCCAACCACGAGUGCUCUCAGGAAUCGGGCAACAAGGGCUCGACCACUUGCCAUCGGCAAGUUUCUGGACCCACUUCGUCUCAGAGUUCGGGGAAUUGCGGAUCUAAUGUAUCCGAAGCUCUGAAUUAUCCGUCGCCUGAUUCGGGUAAUUACGUUCAAUCAGCAAAGUUUUUACCCGAUUUUGUGACUAAUUCGACAGAGGGAGUUGUUGAUCGGGAAAUUAAAGUGGAAGAAAGUGGUAGUAAAAAUUAUUUAUUGAAGAGGAAAAAAGACAAUGACAAUUUAUAUAGUGAACCUAGAACAAGCAAAUACCAAAAAUCAAAUAAUGUAGAAAGUCCGAUAAACGAAGAGGAUGAGAAAAGGAAGGCAAGGUUGAUGAGGAACCGAGAGAGUGCACAUCUUUCUAGGCAAAGAAAGAAGCAUUAUGUGGAGGAAUUGGAGGAUAAAGUGAGGGCCAUGCAUUCCACAAUUCAAGAUCUGAAUGCUAAGAUUUCCUACAUGAUGUCUGAAAAUGCCAGUUUGAAGCAACAAAUGGGGGGUCAUGGGAUGUGCCCACCGCCCCAAAUGCCACCACCGGGGGUGGCGAUGUACCCCCAUCCGCUAAUGGGAUCCACGGCAUAUCCAUGGAUGCCCUGUCCACCUUACGUUGUGAAGCCACAAGGGUCUCAAGUGCCAUUGGUGCCGAUUCCAAGAUUGAAGCCACAACCCGCAAAAAAAAAGGAGAAUAAGAAAAGUGAGGGUAAGACUAAGAAGGUUGCGAGUGUUAGUUUUCUGGGUUUGUUAUGUUUUAUAUUACUUUUUGGUGCAUUGGUUCCAAUGGUGAAUGUGAGAUAUGGAGGAAUGAGGGAAGCAUUUACUGGUGGAUCUGAUUAUGUUGGUAAUAAGUUUUAUGCUCAGCAUCAUGGGAGGGUAUUAACUGUUAGUGGGCAUUUGAAUGGAACUGAACAUAGCAUGGGAAUAGGAUUAACUAAUGGGAAACUCAGUCCACACUGUCGGAGAGGUAAUGGUGGAGGAGUGGAGGCAAAUGCUGAGCAGAAAGGAGGAGGAUCACACCCCUUGCCUCAUUCAGAUGAGUUUGUUCAUUCGGGCAAUGGUAGUGAGCCUCUUAUCGCCUCUUUGUAUGUUCCAAGAAAUGACAAACUUGUGAAGAUUGAUGGCAACUUAAUAAUUCAUUCUGUUAUGGCUAGUGAGAAGGCCAUGGCCUCACGCGAAGAUCCAAGAGGGAAGAGUGGUAGUGAGACUGGUUUGGCAGUCCCAGCUAAUUUGGCUAUCCCGCUUUCAGGUGUGGAAAGAAAUAAUGGCAGGCAUCCUCACCUGUACAGAAGUCCAACUGAAGGACAUAGGGCUCUUGCUUCUGGUUCUGCAGACAGGGACAAUUUAAAGUCUACAGCAGCUGAUGGCAAACUGCAACAGUGGUUCAGGGAAGGCCUUGCAGGGCCACUGUUAAGUUCGGGCAUGUGCACUGAAGUCUUCCAGUUUGACGUCUCACCAGCUUCAGGAGCCAUUGUUCCAGCUACCUCAGUGACAAAUGUUUCUGCAGAACACAAACAGAAUUCCACGCACAUGAACAAGGGGAGGAAUAGAAGGAUCCUCAAAGGUCUUCCUAUUCCUCUAGCUGGAUCCUCUCGCAACAUCACCAAAGAACAUAUGCACAAAAAUCCAGAGAAAGAAAACUUUCAUGGAAACAAUUCUCUUUCUUCAAUGGUUGUAUCUGUGCUUGUCGAUCCCAGGGAAUCCGGUGACAGUGAUGGUGAAGGCAUGAUGGGGCCGAAGUCCCUAUCUCGGAUUUUCGUUGUCGUGCUUAUAGAUAGUGUUAAGUAUGUCACUUAUUCAUGCAUGCUUCCUCUGAUGGGAUCUGGACCUCAUCUAGUUACUACUUGAAGAUGUGAGGGGGAUAUCAUGGUAAUAUAACUUAAAACAACCAUCUCCCGAAUCCAGUUUUGUAGAUAUAGCAGAAGUUUCUGAUGCCCUAAUAUUUAAUAUAACUUCUAUAUGUACUCUUGACUGUAACUGUCGUUAUACUUAUGCCCGUGGACUGAUUAGUGUUCUCAUGGUUUAUUGGGACAAGGAAUGAUGAAUCUUUGCCCUUCUAAUGUGUUUAUAUGUUUUAAAAUUCGUGUUAUUUUCUCUUGACAUUUUUUUCACGUGUUAAUUGAAAUAAAUAAAUGUUGGAACUUACAGGGA